CUCGCAACCCGGAUUGACUUUGUUGUCAUUAGAUUUGUUCCAGGUUUCAGUGUCAUUCACAGCAUGGGACGCAAAGUUACUUUAGCGACUUGUGCUCUCAAUCAGUGGGCUUUGGACUUUGAUGGAAACUUGGACCGGAUCUUAAAAAGCAUUGAAAUAGCCAAAUCCAAGGGUGCAACAUACAGACUUGGACCAGAAUUAGAAAUUUGUGGCUAUGGCUGCUCCGAUCACUUCUAUGAGUCUGACACUCAGCUUCACUGCUUCCAGGUUCUGGAGGAGCUGCUUACAUCUCCUGUCACCCAAGAUAUUAUCUGUGAUGUUGGAAUGCCUGUGAUGCAUAGAAAUGUCCGCUACAAUUGCAGAGUGCUGUUUUUAAACAAAAAAAUUUUGCUUAUUAGACCAAAAAUGAUGUUGGCAAACAAUGGCAACUACAGAGAGCUACGCUGGUUCACCCCCUGGAACAAGCCAAGGCAUGUGGAAGACUAUUUCCUUCCCAGGAUGAUUCAGCAAGUGACUGGUCAGGAAACUGUGCCUUUCGGAGAUGCUGUUCUUUCUACUAAGGACACAUGUGUAGCCAGUGAAAUGUGUGAAGAACUUUGGGCUCCAAAUAGUCCUCAUAUCAACAUGGGCCUUGAUGGAGUUGAGAUAUUCACCAAUUCAUCAGGGAGCCACCAUGAGCUACGGAAGGCUUAUGUGAGGGUGGACCUUGUUAAGUCAGCCACUGCCAAGAGUGGUGGGAUCUAUUUGCUGGCCAAUCAGAAAGGCUGUGAUGGUGAUCGCUUAUAUUAUGACGGCUGUGCACUAAUAGCAAUAAAUGGAGACAUUGUGGCCCAGGGAGCUCAGUUUUCCUUGGAAGAUGUGGAAGUGUUGACGGCCACACUGGAUUUGGAGGAUGUACGUAGCUUUCGAGCAGAAAGCUCUUCGAGGAGCAUUUUGGCCAGUCAGUCUGAGACAUAUUACAGGGUGAAAGUGGAUUUUGCCUUGUCUGCUCCUUGUGAUUUGUUCUUACCAUCAUAUGAACCAAUUCAAUGGCGAUACCACACACCAGAGGAGGAAAUCAGUUUAGGCCCUGCAUGCUGGCUUUGGGAUUAUCUGAGGCGCAGUGGACAGGCUGGUUUCCUGCUGCCACUGAGUGGAGGGAUUGACAGCUCAGCUACUGCUUGCAUUGUGUUCUCAAUGUGCCGCCAAGUGUGCUUUGCCAUCCAGAAUGGGAACCAACAGGUCCUUGCUUAUGUGCGGAGGAUAGUUGGUGAGCCUGACUUCAUACCUCAAAGCCCAAGAGAGCUGUGUGGCCGAAUCUUUACCACUUGUUACAUGGCAAGCGAAAACUCCUCUCUGGACACUUUCAAUCGAGCCAAGGAUUUGGCGGAGCAGAUAGGCAGCUACCAUUUAAAUGUAAACAUUGAUACAGCAGUGAAGGCUGUGAUGGGGAUCUUCUCCAUUGUGACUGGCAAGUGGCCAAAAUUUAGAGUUAAUGGAGGCACCUCAAGAGAAAACCUGGCCCUCCAGAAUGUUCAGGCCAGAGUAAGAAUGGUUCUGGCAUAUCUAUUUGCUCAGCUAAGCCAUUGGGCUAAAGGGAAAUCAGGUGGUCUUCUGGUGCUUGGAUCUGCCAAUGUGGAUGAAUGCCUUAGAGGAUAUCUGACGAAGUAUGAUUGCUCCAGUGCAGAUAUCAAUCCUAUAGGUGGCAUCAGUAAGACAGAUCUGAGAAGCUUCAUUCAGUAUUGCAUCGAGAACUUCAACCUCAGUGUACUACGCAGUAUCCUGUCCGCUCCUCCAACAGCAGAACUGGAGCCCCUGGCUGAUGGGCAGAUUUUGCAGACUGAUGAGGCUGACAUGGGUAUGACGUACGCUGAACUCUCCAUGUAUGGAAAGUUGAGGAAGAUUUCCAAAUGUGGCCCUUAUAGCAUGUUCUGUAAACUCAUUCACACCUGGAGAGAAGCAUACUCACCUGCACAGGUAGCAGCAAAAGUCAAAUAUUUCUUCAGAAUGUACUCUGUCAACAGACAUAAGAUGACAACAGUCACACCUGCUUACCAUGCUGAGAACUACAGCCCGGAUGACAACCGCUUUGACCUUAGACCCUUCUUGUAUAAUACUUCAUGGUCCUGGCAGUUCCGAUAUAUUGACCAAAAGGUAUCUGAGAUCUCAGAUGAAGGUGUCAACCAGAGUGACUCCUUAGACUGAAGUGUUCAACUUAUCUGUAAGUUGUCACGCUAACAGAGACCAAGGGGAAAGGGUGCAGACCUUCAAAUUCUUGGGAACCCACAUUUCAGAGAACCUUUCCUGGACUGAGAACACUACAGCAAUGGUCAAAAAACACAAUAGAGACUACACUUUCUGAGUGCUCAGGAAAAAGAACUUGGAGCAAAAGCUAUUGGUGGCUUACAGUAUGGUAUGCCAGAUGCACGGAAACAGAAAAGAAGGCUCUCCAGAGAAUCAUAACCACAGCACAAAAAGUCACAGGCUGUCGUCUGUCCAACCUGGAAGACAUUACUCACUCCCACUAUCUCAACACAGCCACAAACAGCAUUAAGGAUUCUUUACAUCUUGGUCACCACCUGUUUGAACUGCUGUCCUCUGGUCAAUGUUAUAGAUCUUUGAAAGUACGGCCGAAUAGAUUCAGAAACUCUGUGUAUAAGCUUGCAUAGCUCCAAUUAAUAAUCAUACAGUCCUUAUCUCUUUAGGGAAAUCUUUUUGUGUGAGUCUGUGAAGUGUUUUUGUUCAUACCUGUGUAACUAAGACAAUGUAUACCAUUUGUUUCCAGCACAUUUACUAUGUAGAUGAUAAAUUAAUGACAACUA